AUAGAUAUUGAUGGGGCCGUGUCUGGCCACCACAAGCCUCAGCCCCAGCCAGAGAAGCCAAGCUCUGGCCACCCUGAGCCUCAGCCCCAGCCAGAGAAGACUAGCUCUGGGCACUCAGAACCUCAGCCCCAGCCGGAGGUGCCCAUUUCUGUCCAACCUGAGCCUCAGCCCCAGCCAGAGAAACCCACCUACGGCCACCCGGAGCCUCAGCCCCAGCUGGAGGAGCCCAGCUCUGGCCAUCCCAAGCCCCAGCCAAAGGAGCCCACUCCUCCCCAUCCUGAGCCCCAGCCAGAGGAGCCAACCUCUGGCCACCCAGUGCCCCAGCCGGAGGAGCCCACCUCUGGCCACCCCGAGCCUCAGCCCCAUCCGGAGGAGCACAGUUCUGGCCACCAAGAACCUCAGCCCCAGCCAGAGAAGACAAGCUCUGGGCACUCAGAACCUCAGCCCCAGCCGGAGGUGCCCAUUUCUGGCCACCCUGAGCCUCAGCCAAAGGAGCCCACUCCUCCCCAUCCUGAGCCCCAGCCAGAGGAGCCAACCUCUGGCCACCCAGUGCCCCAGUCGGAGAAGCCCACCUCUGGCCACCCCGAGCCUCAGCCCCAUCUGGAGGUGCCCAUUUCUGGCCACCCUGAGCCUCAGCCCCAGCCAGAGAAACCAACCUACGGCCACCCUGAGCCUCAGCCCCAGCCGGAAGAGCCCAGCUCUGGCCAUCCCAAGCCCCAGCCAAAGGUGCCCACUCCUCCCCAUCCUGAGCCCCAGCUAGAGGAGCCAACCUCUGGCCACCCAGUGCCCCAGCCGGAGAAGCCCAGCUCUGGCAACCCCGAGCCCCAGCCAAAGGAGCCCACCCCUCCCCAUCCUGAACCCCAGCCAGAGGAACCCACCUCUGGCCACCCAGUGCCCCAGCCCCAGUUGAAGGAGCCCACCUCUGCCCACCCUGAAUCUCACCCCAAGCUGAGAUUCUCUGCCCACCCUGAGCCUCAGCCCCUGCCGGGGGAGCCCACCACUGGCCACCCAGUGCCCCAGCCCCUACCAGGGGAGCCCAGCUCCAGCCACCCCGUGUCCCUGCAGGAGGAGCCCAGCUCCAGCCACCCCAUAUCCCUGCCAGAGGAACCCAGCUCCGGCCACCUCAUGCCCCUGCCGGAGGAGCCCAGCUCCGGCCAUGCCGAGCCCCAGCCCAGCUCCCAACCUACCUCCGGCAACCCCAAGCACUUCUUGGAUUUCUUAAUCACUCUUCUAUCUCACUUCUUGGAUUUCUUAGUCACUAAAUCUGCCUUACUUAGACCCAUGUGA